AAACAGCCCUACAUUGAGGCGUCUCAAGAUCAUCAAGUUUGACCAUGUCUGCCCCCCGACCAACUCAGAAGAACAACCGAAGAAAGAGAAGAAGAAGACAGGCGUCGAUCUCGGACAGCUCGUCAGACGACAGCUCGAGUUCCGAGGACGAGGCCGCUCCCCCUGUCAAAGCAGCCCAAGCCGCUCCAAUUAAAGCGGACAGAGAGUCGUCCUCCUCUGAGGAAUCUUCUUCCUCGUCUUCUUCGUCCUCAUCAUCUUCCUCUUCCGACUCUGAAUCAGACUCGGACUCUGACUCCGCUCCCACCCCGAAACCCUCUGCAGCCAUCAGCCAGCUUCCUCCAGCCAAGCAGCGCACUCGACACCCUACAAAUUCCCCAUCGCCUCCCCCGGCUACUGGUCUCCCGACCUUCAUGCAGUAUUCGAGAAGAGGAAAGGGCGCGGCCAAUCCCGAGGAAGAGGAGAGGAGAGAAAAGUUCAAGACGGUGUAUAUGAACAAGCUGGUCGAAGGCUUCGGGGGCGAAUUGGAAAAGAUGCGCGAGGUGAGCCUGGCUGCCUCUUGAUGUCUAAAUAGAUCUGACGUCUGCACCAGUCGGAUCCUACGUUGGGCCCCAAGAGGUUGCAGUUGCUGAUUGAUUCUUUGGCUUCGAACAUCGAUAUUUAUAAUGAUCCAAGCAUGGAAGAAAACAAUAAUGAAGGUGUUGAUGAAGUUGGGUUGUUGACCGGGAAGGAUGUGGAGGUCGAAGAGGAGGAUGACGAGUAAUGUCGGAUGAAGAAUUGUAUCAUCUCACUGUAUGUAACGCAUGGCAUUGA